AAGCCCCCUGCCCUCCCAGGGAUCUGCCGCUCCCCGUGCGUCGGCGGGAGGAGCUCAGGGCUCGGCUGGGCCAGGCCAGGAGUUGGAGGGAGGCCUGCUUGCUCACCGCGAAGACUCUGGGGAGGCCAGGACCAGGGGACGGAGGGGGUCGGCUGGAGGGUCUGCAUGGCAGGAGGAGCCGCGCCAGAGGGCUGGGCGCGCUGCGGCAGCGCCCGGGGCUGUCUCCACCUCUUCUGGCAAGUUGGACCUAUGAGUGCGCAGCUCGACUUACAACCGUCAAGAGCCCGGGCGGGUGAGCGCGUGUGAGCGCCGGGGGCUCGGGACCCCGCACUUCCUCGCAGGCCUCUCCGCGCAGAGCGGGCGCCCGGGUCGUCCUGCCAGCCCCGACGGGAUGCCCGCGACCAUGCUCCCCUACGCGUGCGUCCUGGUGCUUUUGGGAGCCCACACCGCAGAGGCGACUGGGACGGCAGGGGGUGGCCGCCUACGCUGGGAACCCCGCUGCCAGCAGCCCCUGCCUCACAGAGUACCCGUCACUGCGCCACUGCCCCCACGCCUCGACGGGCCCUGGGUCUCCACUGGCUGUGAGGUGCGCCCCGGACCCGAGUUCCUCACCCGCUCCUACACCUUCUACCCCAGCCGCCUCUUCCGAGCCUACCAGUUCUACUACAGGGACCCCUCCUGCCGGGAGCCCACACACUCCCUGCUCAUCAAGGGCAAGGUCCGCCUGCGCCGGGCCUCCUGGGUUACCCGCGGUGCCACCGAGGCCGACUACCACCUGCACAAGGUGGGCAUCGUCUUCCACAGCCGCCGCGCCCUGCUCGAUGUCACCAGGAGCCUCAACCAGACCUGGGCGGGCAGGGACUGUGCCCAGCGGCUGCCCCCGGCCCGGGCCUGGCUGCCCGGCGCCCUCUACGAGCUGCUGAGCGCCCGGGCCAAGCAGGACUGCACGGAAGCCCUGGGCUUCACCAUGCACGAGCUCAGCCUGGUCCGCAUGCAGCGCCACCUGCAGCUGCAGCCCCGGGCCGGGCCCCGGCUAGUGGAGGAGCUGUACCUGGGGGACAUCCACACCAACCACGCAGAGAGGCGGCACUACCGGCCCACGGGCUACCAGCGCCCGCUGCAGAGCGCCCUGCACCACGCCCGGCCCUGCCCAGUGUGCAGCCUCAUCGCGCGCUCGGACGAGCACCACCCGCCCGUGCUGCCCCCCCAGGCGGCCCUGCCCCUGCGCCUGGGCGGCCGGUGGGUCAGCCCCGGGUGCGAGGUGCGCCCCGCUGUGCUGUUCCUCACCAGGCUCUUCACCUUCCACGGGCACAACCGCUCCUGGGAGGGAUAUUACCGCCACUUCUCAGACCCGGCCUGCCACCAGCCCACCUUCACGGUCUACGCCGCGGGCCACUACACCAGGGGCACGCCGUCCCGCAAGGUCCUCGGUGGCACCGAACUCGUGUUUCAGGUCACGCGGGCCCGAGUGACUCCCAUGGACCAGGUCACCACGGCCAUGCUCAACUUCUCCGAACCGAGCAGCUGCGGGGGCCCGGGGGCCUGGUCCCUGGGAACCGAGCGGGACGUCACAGCCACCAAUGGGUGCCUGCCGCUGGGCAUCAGGCUCCCCCAUGUGGAAUACGAGCUCUUCAGGAUGGAGCUGGACCCCCUCGGGCAAAGCCUGCUCUUCAUCGGACAGAGGCCCACGGACGGGUCAAGUCCCGACACCCCGGAGAGGCGUCCCACGUCCUACCAGGCGCCCCUGGUGCUCUGCGACAGAGUGGCCCAGGGGGUACCCGGGGCCCCGCGGCACGGGCCUCUGCAGAAGCCCCUCCGUGGUGGGGGGCCCUGGCCUCUCCCCGUCCUGCCCCUCGCGCUGGGGCUGGCCUUCCUCACGUGCCUAUGAAAUUGGCCUCUGACCUCUAGGCCGCCCCCGGACCCUGGUGGACUCCCCCCGGCCACAGACUCCUCCACGUGUCCGCCAGAAGGGCCUGUCUUCCCGCUGCUCUGCCGACAGUCAUGCGGCCCUGCCGUUGCCCGCCGGGGCUCCCGGGGGUCUCAGCCCCUGAGCCCGUGGCACCUGCGAAGCCCGAGGCACCUGCGAAGCCCACAGCACCUGAGCCUGCGGCACCUGCAAAGCCUGCGGCACCUGGGAAGCCCGCAGCCCCUGAGCCCGCGGCACCUGCGGAGCCCGCGGCACGGCCCCCUAAUUCAACUCGAGAGUUGAGCACGAACCGGGGCGCGGCAGCGUCAGGUGCUUGGCGAGGUCCCCGGGGCUGGAGGGCAGCAGCCCCUCUCCGGCCCGACCUUGGCGUUCGGGGCCGCGGGAGCGAGGCUCUCUGCGCGGGUGCUGCCGCCGCUCUGCCGAGCCUGUGGAUCGUUGUUUAAAGAUUAUUAAUUCGAAUUUAGCAACACAAACUCGAACCAGAGCCAUGAAUUAAAGAUGCUGCUCCGGGCUUUCGGUACUUGGCGGCUUUCUGGGAGAGGGCUGGUCUCUUCAGGGGCAACUCAGCUUUCUUGAGUUUUGGCUGCGGGCGUUUGUCUGCACUUGCCUCCGCGUCGGGAGUCGGGCCUCAAGCCGUCUACGCGGCGCGGCUGGAGCAGCCCUCCCGGCCCGACGAAGGAGGCCGCGCUGGGCCCAGGAGAGCGCUGCGCGGCGCCGGCUGCUGCGGGCAGGUCUUUGGAGGAGCGCGGCGUUUCCAGCCUUUGGAAAGUAAUUAAUACUAAUGACAGCGGCGACACUAAGGUGCUCUGUAAUUAGCCCCGUACAGGCAUCCUCUGUUUUCAAGAUUCCCUGCGCUUAACUGACAAGGAGGGAGAGAGACCUCCGAAUGGGUCUUUGGGACCAUCCUAGGGAGACGUCAGGGUCGCCGGGCCCCGGGCAACGUUGGCUCGCCCCGAUGCUCACAUGCCGGUGUCCCCUCCGCUCAGAGGGGGCUGCCAUCAAGGUGGGGACAGGCUGCUCCUCUGCAGGGCCCCCGCCUGCGUUCCCGGGGCCUCGCCCGUAACACUGCGAAGUUUACUGGCAUCCGGGGACUCUGGGGCUGGGAUCCACCCCCCUCACCACCUCUGUCCUCCUAUCUCGGGCUCUUAUCACAGAUCUCGAACAACAAUACAACAAUCGAGGCUAAUAAUGCUUUCAGAGGGGAGCCCUGUGUCCCCUGUUAGAUUGUGUGGGGUUCCAUCAGCCCGCUGAAAUUGCUCUCACUUAAAAAAAAAAAAAAAAAAAACCAACCACCAAGUUAAUAUUCUCGGUAGGUCUCAGAGAGCAAUGAGUGUUCCUGGCAUAUUUACCAAAGUACAAAAAAUAAUUAGAUUAUUUACGGUCUCAGGCUGCACCAGGGUGGGGGGUACA